AUGGCGCCAACGGAGAAGCGAUCCUGCCGCGGAUCAGGGGAAACAACGGGUUCGCCUCACGCCGCCCGCCACCCCAGCCCUUGCACGGAGCACCUCCAUGAUACGCUGGAGGAGGUGGAGGUAGGCGAACUCGACCCCCAUGGCCAGCCGGCGCGCAUGGUCACCGAUCCUGGUCAGGUUGCCUGGCAUGCUCUGGACCUCAAGUUCCCACGGGAGCAGAGCGAAUCAGACUGGAGCGACUGGAGCGAGGGCGAUGGCCGAGUGAUUGAAGGGGAGGAGAAAGAUUGCCCAGGGAAUGAAGUAGUCGAUAGCGAUGAUGAUGACGACAACUGCAAUGGCCAACUCGUUUACAAGGACAAAAAACCAAACACGAAGAUAAUCUGCCCAGGAAAGCUCUAUCCUGAGAGCGAAGCAGAGGAAAUUGAGCAGGAAUGGAUUGAGAGGUACUGCAAGCAGAUGGGAGAAUACUCGAAACUGUUUGAUGACAUUCUGGCCCGGGAGCACCACGACGAUUCUACUACUUUGCCUCCUUUUCCUAUGAAACUGCUCCCUCCCACAACAUCUCUAUGCUUCAUGGAGGGGUACUGCUACCACAGUGUUUACAAGACCCAUGAUACUUCUACCACUCCAUCAACUCUUGGAUAUCGCACACCACAACAGAUGCUACAGUUCUUUUCAAUGAGGUUACCAAGCUCUGGGCUCUCCUAUCCCAUUAGUGUGUAUGGAAUACUUGCUGUUCGCGAUGACUUGGACCAGCGACGGAAUUACCUCUUUAACUGUCCUAGAGAUACUGCUGUAGAGAUUGUGAAUCAGGAAUCCUUUGACUUGCCUCUUUGUAGCCCGUGUCGAGGAAUAUAUGUACUGGACGAGGCACUACUAGAAGUUGAUCUCUGGGUAAAGAAGGAGGGGAAUGGAUCAGCUGACAAGCAUAUACUUUCUGCAUAUGCUGAGAUUGAAGUCCGUGCAAAUUUUGAUAUUAUGCUGGGUGGUCGGAUUCCUGGUGUUGAUUGCAACUUGGACCUGAAAUACAUGAUCAUUGCACGAAGUAUUGAGGCGGUAGUACAAGUCUAUGCAGAGGUUGACCAUCCUCAUCACGUGAAGUUCACUGCUUUAAGCACUGGCUAUGACGAUGAGAUUGUGCUGUUUGAUGACAAGAUAUCUGGGAGUGUGAAACUGUUCCAACAUAUUGUCGCGGUUAAGAGAAAUGAAAAUUUGGAUGUUCUUCUAAGAGUCGAUGAAUCGCUGUUUCAGUGGACUUUUCAUGAUGAGUAUGUUGGACCCGUCAGUUCUCCCGAUGACUCAAUCCUUCAGUAUGGCCAGUUUUUUGUGAGGGUGCUUUUUGCUCCAAAGAACUCUGCAUGA